UGUCCAUAUAAGCAACAUCGGUGCAGGAAAUGUAAUGUGGUGGGUCAUAAAGAUGGUUUUUGUCGAAAAAAGAAGCCGAGCAACUCCAGAGGUACCAGAAAACCUACGCCUAGAUCCAACACGAAUUCGUUGAGUCUAAUAGCAAGCUGUGAGAACUCAACCUCAGUUGAGAGGAAAUUUAUUACCCUUAAUAUUAAUGGGCACCCUCUUAGAUUGCAAAUAGACACUGCAUCUGAUGUAACGAUUCUCUGACGAAAAUCUUGGAUCAGAAUGGGAAGACCACGCCUGGUGCCGACAACACAAAAACCGCGAAACGCAUGUGGUAAUUAUCUACGUUUGUUGGGACAACUAGGUUGUACAGUGUCUUUUCAUGAUUCGACGUUUACCGGGUUAUGUUACAUUACACCAGCUGAUCUUAAUCUACUUGGGUUAGACUGGUAUGACCGGCUACAUUUAGCUGACGUUCCGUUAAGCACCGUAUGCCAUCUGGUUGAACAACCUCAUGAACCUGAAGCAUAUUCGAAAGAACUAAUGACGGAGUUUUCGACCAGCGAACAUCAUACGGCCGGCGAAGAUGCAGUUAUUGCCUCCCCAUUGACAGAGGACCGCGCACAGUGUCAGCAAGCAGCCAAGUGUAACGCGAAAUUACUGCCGGUCCCAUGGCCACAGCCUAAGUAUCCCUGGUCCAGGAUACAUGUCGAUUUCGCAGGCCCAAUUAAUGGAAUCACCUAUCUAGUCGUUGUUGACGCCUUCUCGAAAUGGCCAGAAAUCGUUCCCGUCAUGCCACCAACGACAACUCAAACGAUACAACUUUUGACAGAGAUGUUCUCUCGCAACGGAUUACCGGAUAUAAUCGUUUCCGAUAAUGGUUCGCAAUUCACCUCAAGUCAAUUUCAAGAAUUUUGCGAACGCCUAUCGAUCAAGCAUUUCCGCUCUCCACCUUAUCACCCACAGUCAAAUGGACAAGCAGAAAGAUUUGUAGAUACAUUCAAGAGAGCUCUAAUGAAGUCGAAAGGGGAGGGGACGACAGUAGAAACACUACAGAAUUUCUUGUUUGUUUACCGAACAACACCUAGUGAUAUGCUAACACAGCAGAAGUCCCCGGCAGAGAUCCUGAUGGGAAGGAAAUUGAGGACGAUCCACAGUCUCAUGUGCCCAAGAUCCACACCAUCUCAUACCAAAUCUCAGAAGCUUCCAGCGUACGAAGUUGGAUGCCCCGUGUUCGCUCGAGACUACAGAGCAAAUCAUGGUCCUUGGAUCGAAGCACGUGUGAUUGGAAGACUAGGUCAAGUUAUGUACGAAGUAAAGGUGGGAAGAGACACGUGGACUAGACACCGAAACCAACUACGUAAGCGGAUUGCCCCAGACCACCCAUCAAAUGCAGUAAAUCUUCCCCUCGACAUCUUGCUUGAUACUUUCAACUUACCUGCAGCCCCACCACAAGAAGCUCAACAGCAAGCUGAUCCCCGUCCCAGAAGGUGGCCUCUCCGUCAGCGGCGAACUACAGUCAAAAUGCAAGUCGACCCCAGAAAAGCGCGCUAUUAAAAAGGGGAGGAGUGUUGGGACGGUAUAUUCCCAAAAUUCAUAUUUGUAAUUUUAUCAUAUCGAUUGACUCAUCGAUUAAAUAUUUGGAAGGAAGUCACAUGAUGAACUUAUCGACUAAAUAUUCGAAUGCCUGUCGAGUGAUGAACUGAAUGAGUCAUGUUUAAAAAUAACAUUU